ACAAGAAGUAGGGUUUAACACCCUACUAUAAAAUCGCAUUUUGCUCCUCCUCCAAGCUCAUUUGCUUGGCUGACUCGCGCAUAGCCUCCUUCGCAUCUUACCUGCAAGUUCCAGAUUAAGUUUAGCCUGCAGAUUCAAGAAUCAUCAUCAUGUCUGGUGAAGAAGGUGCUGUUGCUCAGACUGAGACUCCAGCUGUUGCUGAUGUACCACCACUCGGUGAGCCAAUGGACUUGAUGACAGCAUUGCAGCUUGUGCUGAGAAAAUCUCUGGCUCAUGGUGGGCUUUCUCGAGGUCUUCAUGAAGGUGCCAAAGUGAUUGAGAAGCAUGCUGCUCAACUUUGUGUCUUGGCAGAGGAUUGCAACCAGCCUGAUUAUGUUAAACUUGUUAAGGCACUUUGUGCUGAUCACAACGUGAACUUGCUAACUGUUCCAAGUGCAAAAACCCUCGGAGAGUGGGCUGGUUUGUGUAAGAUUGAUUCAGAGGGGAAGGCUAGGAAAGUGGUCGGUUGCUCGUGCGUUGUUGUGAAGGAUUUUGGGGAGGACACUGAAGCUCUUAAUGUCAUUCAACAGCAUGUCAAGGCCAACUAAGUCACUAUGGAUUCGAUCCUUUUUGGAUUUACCUGGAGCCUUUGAAGGAAUUUUGAUUGUAUUUUGUUUUUUCUUUAUCGUUGUAGUUGAAACAUCUGUUGCAAUAUAUCAAAUAUUAUGAUGUUUUUGUCCGUCACAA